AUGGAGUCGCCAACAAAGCUGUUGUCGAGUCCGACAAAAGCACUCAACCCCCUCUCGCCAGAACGAAUAAAUCAACAACAACCACCGCCCCAAUCCCCCUCGCAAUCAGCCGACAUUUUCAAUCUUCACCGGAAGAGCGCUACGGCUGCCUCGGAUGUACAAUCCAAGGUCGCCUUUCUCAACAACCUAUCGCGGACAGGUAGUCCAGCAGGGGCACCACAGCAGUCCGCCAGCGCAGCCGCCGCUCUUCAGAGAGCCAUUCUUGGACGCGAGGAAGCAGAAUCCGCGCUAUCCAAAGCAUCCGCUCAACUUUCUGAGGCACAGUCACGCGAGCGUCGUAUUAGUGAGCGCCUCGAGUCGUUGCUGGAGGAGUUGCAAGCAUCCAAGGAGCGCAAAGCCCACGAACGAACGAUAUUCGAGAAGGAAAUCCGGAAAGCACGAAAAGAGGCGUUCCGUGCAGGAUCGACUUUGGUGAAAACGCAGGAAGAUUUGAAAGAAGCACGAGCCGAGGCCAAGGGGUUUAAGGAGGAACUCGAAGUGGAGCGGAAAUCGAAAGACAAAGCCAAACAGGAGGCCUUCGAGCGGGCGUACGCAAUUGCUGGACUCACCGAGGAGCUCGAGGAGCUGAAAGCGCGGCUGCGCGCGGCCGAAGCCAAAAACAAUGCCGACCCCCUGAAGCUUCACGAUCGGGCACUGCGCAAAGAGGAGGGCUCACGGGUGUCUUUGGCAGAAGGCGACCUGGCGCUGCUUGCAACCCCGGCGUCUCGGAGACCGAAGAGAUCUGCAGAUUAUUUGGCCGACUUCCCCAGUGAGGAUUUGCAGGAAACGCCCACGAAGCAGACACCCCCGAAGCGAUUAAGAUUAUCGGAUGUGACACCUACAGCGGACAAGACAGUGGAUCCCCAAGAACCCCCCAAACAACUUGCACAAGCCAUGGUCGAGAAACUCAAGAUCUCCCUUAGACUGGAAAAACAACUGAGAGAGAACGCAGAGGGCCUGGCCGAAUUCUUGCGCAUGGAAUGCCAAUUCAGACGUUGCUCUUGCCGCAUUGUGGAGGAACUGGACAACGUUCCUGCCCAGGCACAGAUCGAAAAUGCGAGCACUGAAGUCAAGACGGAAAAUGGCGAAAAACAUAACCAAGCUCCUACUCGACAGACCCCCAACAUGGAACUUCUCGACUCCUCAGUCCCGGAUCAACUCCCUCCUGUUCAGCAUUUCCCAAAGAACGAUUCGUCGGCCUUCCAAAGCAUUCGAGAAAAGACACCACCGCCCGUGAAGCAAGCGCCGGUAGGGCUAAACGAUGAUUCAGACGAACCCCUGAUUACUUUCUCCCCCAUUACCGGGACCUUCCAAAAGAUUCCAUCCCCAGUGCGAUCCGCGAAGAAACACCCUUUCAUCCCCCCAAUGUCCCCUGUCGAGUCCGCCAAACGCCAGCCCACCAGCCCUCUUGCAAAGUACGAGAUCACCCAGGAAGAGGAGCCUGCUGAAGAUUUCGAAGCCGAGUCUGCCGUGCGGGCCCCAGUCCGCUUCUCACCAACUCCUGCCCAUACGUCCCGGGAUCAUCGGCCCCCGAUGAUGGAAGCCCCCAAGAGGGAACCUAAGAAGGAACUUAAGAAGGAACUUAAGAAGGAACCCAAGAAGGAGGAAACUGUCAAAAGAGUCCCUCUCAAAAAAGAGGGCUCAAUGCCGGAUCAGAGCACUACCGGCUCGGGAACACCCAUCAGCCGCGAAGCAGCACUUGCACAGAUCAAGGCGCGCAGAAAUCGGGCCAACACGACGAAACGUUCUGCCAGCGCCAUGGAAACCUCCCGUCGCGCGCCGGGAACUAGUAAACCAACCACAUCGGACUCAGCUCGUCGUAUCCCUGGCGUACACAACCCGCAACGAAGGAGUGAGACUGGUGACAUGCGGAGCCGAAGAGACUUGAGCGCACCAAUUCGGCUGACGCAUCGGCGGUGA